AUGGGAUUUCUUUGCUUGCUUUUGCUUUUGCUUUCGUUUCCGUAUUGGCGUAGCUUGUGUUGUGGCUUUCUUUUUUCUCCUCGGAGACUUCCCCCCCCUCUCUCUCUCUCUCUCUCUCUCUCUCUCUCUCUCUCUCUCUUUCUCCAUCGAUUUUUUCCGCUUCGUAGGGUUCGUGGUUCUGGUAUAUUUCUCGCCAACUGUUUAACAGGUCUCUGGGCAGAGUUCUGCAAGAGAUUCGGUGGGCUGAGAUUGUCAGUUCGCUAGAAAUCCUAGAAUCAAAGCCAAUCAACCUCACGCAUUAGGUUUACCAGAAGUUGGGUAAUUUUACCAUUUUUUAUAACGACUCCCCUAUUAGAUCCCUCUCCCUGCUCAUAAUCUCAACUCAAUGGUGGGGGGAUGAGCCGCGAAGAACUGUCUCGGUUUUAAGCAUCUGUGAUUCCUUCAAAGCAUCUGAUCCAGUUUUAUGCGACUGAUCUAGGCAUUUUCCGAGGAUGGCUUCCUCCGCUGCUACGGUGGAGGCGAUCGGACCUCUGCGGCCAGUUUCACCGAGGAGAGGUUCAGGUAGGCAGUGUUCAUCGUAGUCCAAUUCCAGAGUUUAAGGGCCACGGACUCUCUGCAUCAGGAGCGGAUUUCGUUUCUCGCAGAUAAUACCGGAUCAAGAUAUCAAAGGCUAAUCUGAAUCCUGAGCAAAGUACAACAUCUUUCUUUAUGUAGGAAAAUAAAUUGGGAAAGAUUUAAUUAUUCGUGAAUGAGAACUCUUCCUGGUUGAUCUUUUGCUGAAGAUCAACCGCAUGCAAAAGACUCUCAGAACUUCCUGGCCUUGAUGUUCUUCAGUCUUCAUCUGGACAUGAAGGAAGAGGCAUAUCCUUUAGGAGAGAUCUAGUGAUGAACAGCUUUUUAUAGCAUCAUCCUAAUAUCUUUAAUUAUGUUUUAAAGCUGAUUAAACAGGUUUCUUUUUGGUUGAACAAGGGGUUGACUUUGGAGAGGAGGAAGCGUCCGUCUCUCUCUCUCUCUCUCUGUGUUCUCUCUCUCAUUCCAUUUUUGAAGUUCUCAUCCAUCUCUUUGCUCUUCUUUCCUCAUCGGGUUGAGUGAGAAAAAUAAAUACCAGCUUAUUGGAAUAACAUGAAAGAAGUUUAUUGGGAUUCUUGCUUUCCAACAGAGAACACAAGGCGAGGAAUGAUCCAACUCUCUAGAUCUACUUUUGGAGCACCCUACACAGCAUCCCAAUCACCGCGUCAGCAGCAAACCAUCUCUCGUUCUCCACUGCAACGCUCCACAUCUCUGUCAUGCUGUAUAUCUGCCCUGGUCAGUGUACCAUCUCUCUCUCUCUCUCUCUCUCUCUCUCGCUCUGUGCGUUUUAUACUCCCGACUGUUGGAAUUUUAUCAGAAAAUUUAUGAGUAUGGCAACUACUGCUGUUCUCUUUUAGGCUAAGUUGGAUAACUUCUAGUCGUUGCCCUUUGUAGGUUUUCUUCUAGGCUGCCUACUUACCAAUUUCAUAUGGGUACAUUUAUAUAUAUAUAUAUAUAUAUAUAUAUAUAUAUAUAUAUCUAUAAUACCUUGCAGACCUGUGAAGCGGUUUAUUAGACCUUUUUUUUAACGAAUGUACGAUUUUUUUAAAAAUAAAAAUUAUCCACCAAUGUACAGAAAAAAAAUCCCAGACACCUAGGAUUUUGCCCAAAAGGGAUACUUCUCUGAUCUUGUCUGUUGCUCUCUGUAGAGUGCAAGGUGUGCUACAGGGGAGACUCAGAGUGUAACUCGGAAGUCGUCUUCUUCAAAAACUAUCACUUCUCUCCUAGGUAACCCUAAUCAGCGAUUUAGUGAAGCUCAUUUGGUCGUUGCCCUGAAGCAGAUAUAUUUGUCAGUCAUCUACGGUUUCCAAAUGUUUUUCUUCACGAAAUCCUCAGAUGUAGAAUCUGAUAUGAUGCCUAUUUUAGAAAAGAAAAACUUGCCGAGUCUCCACGAUGGGGGAACAAUAGGGUUCCCCCCGGCGGACGGUGGCGGAGAAGGCGGCGGCGGCGGUGGUGGCAGUGCUAGCUCAUCAGGUGGGUUCUUCUUCUUCGGUCUGCUUUUGUUUCUAAGCUACUUGAGAGAGAAAGAGGAUAGAGAGAACGGUGGUGGGGACCCAAGAAGAAGAUAG